CUAACACACUAAUACACACUCACUGACACACACAGACCACAUCUCUCCACACUGUCAGACCAUAGACUGACAUUAUUAAGUUUCAGCGGCGCACAGCAGCAAUGGAGCCCAGCGGGAUCCUGAUCAAAGGAGGCAACGUGGUGAACGAGGAGUGUUCCGCCAUCUGCGACGUCUACAUAGAAAAUGGGAAAAUAGUCGAAGUUGGACUGAACCUCCAGAUCCCAGCGGGGGUGCGAGUCAUCGAUGCCACCGAUAAACUGGUGAUCCCGGGCGGCAUCGACACGCACACGCACAUGGAGCUGGCGUUCAUGGGCACUAAGGCAGUGGAUGACUUCUAUAUUGGGACUAAGGCUGCUCUUGCAGGAGGGACCACAAUGAUCGUGGACUUUGUCAUCCCCCACAAGGGCAAGUCUCUGCUGGAGGCCUACGACUGCUGGCGGCAGACAGCUGACCCCAAAGUGUGCUGUGACUAUUCACUGCAUGUCGCUGUCACAUGGUGGAGUGACGAGGUCAAGAAAGAAAUGGAGACUCUGGCCAAAGAGAAAGGAGUGAACUCCUUCAAGAUGUUUAUGGCCUAUAAAGACGUGUUCAUGCUGGAUGACGCCGAGCUUUACGCUGCCUUCUCUCAGUGUAAGGAGAUUGGAGCUAUAGCUCAGGUUCAUGCUGAGAAUGGAGAUCUGAUCGCAGAGGGGGCUAAGAAGAUGCUGGCCCUGGGCAUUACGGGGCCCGAGGGCCAUGAGCUGUGUCGGCCAGAGGAGGUGGAGGCUGAGGCCACCCAGAGAGCCAUCACCAUAGCUCACGCUGUCAACUGCCCGCUCUAUGUGGUCCAUGUCAUGAGCAAAUCUGCUGCCAAGGUGGUGUCUAAUGCACGCAGAGAUGGUCGUGUGGUGUUCGGGGAGCCCAUUGCAGCUGGGCUGGGUACAGAUGGCACCAACUACUGGAACAAGGAGUGGUCCCAUGCUGCUGGCUUUGUCAUGGGUCCUCCACUAAGACCUGACCCCAGCACUCCUGGGUACCUCAUGGACCUGCUGGCCAAUGAUGAUCUCAGUGUGACGGGAACAGACAACUGCACCUUCUCCGUGUGCCAGAAGGCCCUGGGAAAAGACGACUUCACCAAGAUCCCUAACGGCGUGAAUGGUGUGGAGGACAGGAUGUCUGUCAUCUGGGAGAAAGGAGUGCAUAGCGGCAAAAUGGACGAGAAUCGAUUUGUUGCUGUCACCAGCACCAAUGCAGCAAAAAUCUUCAACUUCUACCCGCAGAAAGGCCGUAUCGCCAAGAACUCAGAUGCUGAUGUGGUUAUAUGGGACCCUAAGCUGACAAGGAUAAUCUCAGCCAAGACCCACCACCAGGCCGUGGACUACAACAUCUUCGAGGGCAUGGAGUGUCACGGUGUCCCCGUCGUCACCAUCUCUGGAGGGAAAGUGGUCUAUGAGGAGGGGCAGCUGAAGGUGUCACCAGGACACGGCAGGUUCAUCCACAGGAAACCCUUCUCCGAGUUUGUUUACAAAAGAAUCAAGCAAAGAGAGCAGGUCGGGAAACCUGCAGCUGUGAUCAGAAAACCCUAUGAAGGCAAAGUAAUUUCUCUAUGAACAGCUUAACUAUGAAAGCUCCUGAGCUCCAGCUGUGUGUCUCCAGUACAAUCCAGAAGCUGUCAAAUCCAAAACAACUGACACUGUCUGUGACAAACUUGUGUGAGUGGUUUUACCAUGUGACAUUUUUUCAAAUAAUUCUGCAAUUCUACUAAGUCAUUUCAAUCAGUGUGUGCUGCUAAGCUUUUGGGCCUUUUCAGACAACUCAGGUCAAUGUCCUGUUGGCAGAUAAUACCUUUGUUAUAUUUACUCAACCCUGUGAGGUUUCCAGGUCAUCUCUGCUUAGUACACAGGUUAGCAGAGCUGAUUAUAAGAGGAUUUUUGUCACUUUUAUAUUAUGCAAAUGAUUUUAUAAAUAUAAUUGUGUAAUAAAAAAAAUGUAAUUUCCAA